AUGAACAGCGGAGCACAGUUCCAGCCCCAGCCAUCUGUUCUGACCACAGCGAGAAUGGAGCCGACUCACAGCCUUGCUCCUGCCAACCUGCGGCACCAGAGGCACCAAGCCAGAAGGAGCGGAACACAGCAAUCCAAGAAAGCGGCACGAAAGGCGACCACAACAGGGCAGGAGGCGCCACUCCGAGCAGCAGGCAGGGAACUGGGACUUAUUUUCCAACGUCUCUUCAGCAUACGGCACACUUUAGCCACGCCCGCUGCCUCUCCGGCCGGGAGGCCCGGCUCGCUGCGGCACAACCACCGACAUAUACGGAUAGGGCGGGCCCGCUCCGCCGGCGACUGGACCGGACCGGCACAGACCAGCCCGCGAGCUCCGCCCGGCCCACGCAGUCCGGAUGCCUCCAGACUGCCCCCGGGGCCCGCCAGCCCCGGAUGCCGGGACACUCCGCCCCUGCCCUGCCCCCGCACUGCCGCCCUUCGCUCCAAGGAAAACAGCGGCCGCACCGCCCCUGCGGCAAGCGCGGGGGGAAGGGAGGCAGGGGGGCGAGGGCUCCGCUCCCAUUGGCUGCGUGCCGGGCGGGGCGGGCACAGCGGGCAGCAAGCCGACCAAUGGGAAGACGAGGCCGCCCCGCCCGCGGGAUCGAGCGAGGGCGCCAGGGCCGCCCCCGCCCCGCGCGACUCACGGGCGCCCCUGGCGGGCGCGGAACGCAGCGCCGCCAGCGACCGGGGGGCCCGGCCCCCCCACCCCCGGUCCGCGGCCUCCACCGGGGCUGCGUCACCCCCGCGCAGCGACACCUGA